CGCGUAGCUAUGUCUGCAGUAAGUGCGCCGAAGAGUUGAAAAAGUCGCCUAUGAUGAAUUUCCAGUUGGUGUUCUAAUGCGAUGGCCUUCUUUGGGAACUUUACCCAUUUUGCCGUAUGUCUGUAUCUAACCUCUCUCACCCGGUGACCAUGUUGUCUACUGGCUUGGGCCACUAGGAGUAAUCACUUGAAGCCAUCAUGACUGAGGUGCCAAAUGAAUUCCGUCUGCACAAUGUCCCCACGGAUGCUAUUUCAUCACUUCAGUUUGGCCCCAACUCGAACCAGUUUCUUUUGGUGUCUGCAUGGGAUGGUACAGUGCGCCUCUAUGAUGUCAGUAGCAACACGAUGCGUCUGAAAUACAGCCACAAGGGUCCAGUGUUGGACUGUUCAUUCCAGGAUGCAGUGCAUGCUUGGAGUGGAGGUGGUGACAAUGAGGUCAAGUCCUUUGACUUCAACUGUAGUGCAGAGACUGUCAUUGGAAAGCAUGGUGACCCAGUGCGAUGUAUUGAAUACUGCCCUGACGUGAAUGUGAUCAUCUCGGGCAGCUGGGAUUCAACUGUAAAAUUGUGGGAUCCAAGAGCAUCAACAUGUGCUGGCACAUGUUUGCAGCCUGACAAGGUGUACACCAUGGCUGUGUGUGGUGACAAGCUAAUUGUGGGCACAGCUCAGCGAAAGGUACUUGUAUGGGACUUGCGAAACAUGGGCUAUGUCAAACAGCGGCGAGAGUCCAACCUCAAGUACCAGACACGCUGUAUUCGCUGCUUCCCCAACCAGCAGGGAUUUGUGCUCAGUUCCAUUGAAGGACGUGUGGCUGUUGAAUACUUGGACCCAAGUCCCGAGGUUCAAAAGAAGAAAUAUGCAUUCAAGUGUCACCGCACCAAAGAUAACAAUGGCAUCGAGCUAAUCUAUCCAGUGAAUGCCAUCGCCUUCCACAAUCUGUACAACACAUUUGCAACAGGUGGAAGUGACGGACAUGUCAACAUCUGGGAUGGGUUCAAUAAGAAGCGCCUGUGCCAGUUCCACAAGUAUCCAUCAAGUAUUGCUGCAUUGGCCUUUAGCCAUGACGGCUCAUUGUUGGCAAUCGGUUCCUCAUACCUCUAUGAGCAGGGCUCCAUGGAGAACACACCUCCGGAUGCUAUUUUUGUUCGUCGAGUUACUGAUCAGGAGACAAAACCGAAGUGACAUCAUUGUGACUGGAUUUUCUUUUGCGUGUGUAUGUGACUGAAAUAAAUAUGCAUUUUUUAACACGUAAAUUUCAUGCACGUAACAAGUCUGUUGCAUUCCUCUCUGUUUUUAAAGACAGUGCUCUUAAAUGAGUAGAGCUGACAUGACAUUUCCGAGUUUUCAUAAUACUGGCAAGCCUUUGAGCAGCCUAAAUAAUUUACUAUACAGUAAAACCUUGUUGAUGCAUUCCUGUUUGUUGUUUUCCUGGCUUUUACAUUCUGUACCACUGGCCCUGUUUAGUUCCCAUAGAGUCAUGUGUAUUAGCUUCCUGUUCACUACAUUCCCAUUGCUGGUUUGCAUUCAGAAACUGCAACAGUGACGGCUGCAUGUCCAGCGCCUGCCAUGCAGCACAGUAGGAUCGGCAUCUGUGUCGGACAUUCACGACUAUGACCGCUCCAAAAACGAAGGCUCCAAGUGUGAUUCAUUCAUGUCUACGACUGCUUCAAAAGUGUGUUUGACAUUCGAUCUAACCACCAGGCAACGAUAGCAAUCUUUUGUUAGCGAGCUUUGAGUAGUUUGCCUUUUAUUCAAGUUCAAAUAAAGUUUUGCGAGAGUA